AUGUGGUUCAAUCACAUUUUUGCGCUCGUUCUAUGCUUAUACGUCACCAAAUCUCUUGCAGCCGAUCUUCCGCUGAUUGAAGUUGUCGGCAACAAAUUUUUUUACUCAAAUAAUGGUUCUCAAUUUUUGAUCAGAGGUGUUGCAUACCAACAGAAUAAUGAAGAUAACCAAAGCAAAAGUUACAGCGACCCUCUCGCUGAUGCAGACGCUUGUGAAAGGGACGUUAAGUACUUGAGAGAUGCCAAUACAAAUGUCAUCAGAGUCUAUGCUGUUGAUCCUAAAAAAGAUCACGACAAGUGUAUGCUGACUUUUGCCGACGCUGGUAUUUACGUUAUCGCUGAUUUGUCAGAACCAAAGACGUCAAUCAACAGAGACUCGCCAGAGUGGAGCUUGGAUCUUUACGAUAGAUAUACCAGUGUCAUUGAUAUGUUCUCAAAGUACGAUAACGUCUUGGGGUUCUUUGCCGGUAACGAAGUCACCAAUAAUAAAUCUAACACCGAUGCUGCGGCGUUUGUGAAGGCUGCCAUUAGAGACUCAAAAAAGUACAUCAAAGGCAAGAAACUAAACCUUCCCGUGGGUUAUUCCACAGACGACAGUGACGACACCAGAGAUGCAGUAGUCGAUUACUUCGCAUGCGGCUCUGAUGAAGACAGAGCUGAUUUUAUUGGUGUAAACAUGUACGAAUGGUGUGGAAACUCGGACUUCAAGACUUCUGGAUACGAAGCUCGUACAAAGUUGUACCUGAAUUUGACUAUACCAAUCUUUAUGUCUGAGUACGGGUGUAACACUGACAGACCAAGAAAGUUCACUGAGGUGGGGACGAUUUUCUCUGAUAAAAUGACUGAUGUUUGGAGUGGCGGUAUUGUCUACAUGUACUUUGAAGAAGCUAACAAAUAUGGAUUAGUUUCCGUCAAGGGUGAUACUGUGCUGACUUUGGAUGACUACAAAUAUUACUCGCUGGAAAUGAACAAGAUCUCCCCUUCAUACGCCAAGUCUUCAGAAGAAAAGCUGGUAGCUUCGAAGACCGGCUCAUGUCCAGCCUCUGCUAGCACUUGGAAGGCUUCUACCAAGUUGCCUCCAACCCCCGAUAAGGAUACUUGUGACUGCAUGUCUAAAUCCCUUGCUUGUACUGUGGCAGAUGAUGUUGACGAGAAGGACUAUGGUGAUUUGUUUGGUGUUGUAUGUGACAAAAUCGAUUGUGAUUCCAUCAAUGCAGAUGGUGCAAAAGGUAAAUACGGAGGUUUUUCAUUCUGUUCUAGCAAAGACAAGUUGUCUUACGUUAUGAAUGCUUACUACGAAGAUCAAGGGAAGGAUAAGUCAGCAUGUGACUUCAAAGGGUCUGCGUCGUUGAAUGAGAAUGCAUCAACUGACAAAACGUGUUCAUCGAAGCUCUCGCAAGCUUCAAAAGGUGGCUCAAGUUCUAGUGGAUCUGGUUCUAGUUCGUCUGGCUCAAGUGGCGAUUCAAAUUCAAGCUCAGGGUCUUCAACGAAUUCGGGUUCUAGUGCGUCCUCAAGUAAAAAGCUGUCGGGGAACGUCAAUAUCAAAUUUGUCUCGCACAACGAGUUGUUUGCUGUUGCUGGAGUAGUAACAUGUAUUUUAGGUGGAUUGUCGUUUGUUGUUCUCGAAUAA